CAUUUUCCAAAAAAUGUGUGCACCCGAAUUUUUUGCCCCUCCAGUCCCAAUUUCAACCUUUUUUUCCCACAUCCACAAUUGCGCGCAACUCCUCCCACUUCAUCGCGCCGCCGACUAAAUAUCCAUCCUCAAUUGUAGCCUUUGAUUUUAUAAUCAUACCUACAUAAAUUGAGAACGACCGAUAAAAUGUCUCGAUUCUUCCGUAGCGGCGACGAUAGUUCGUCCGAGAGCAGCUCCGAAGAGGAGGAGCUCUACUCCGAGGAGGAAGAGGAAGAAGAGGAGCAGGAGGAUGAGUCUGAAGAAGAUGAUGAGGAUGAGGAUGAAGAAUCCGAAGAAGAAUCCAGCAGUGAUGAAGAGGGUGGUAAAAAAUCCGGUGCGGCUCGUUUCUUGCGUGGCGAUGACUCCGAGAGCGAAGAAAGCGACGAUGACGCCCCCAAGACCUUAAAGAGUGCCAAGGACAAGCAAAUAGCCGAGCUUGAAUCUAUAAUCGACACGAUCGAGAAGCGCCAGAAGAUCAGCGACUGGGGUGCCAUUUCCGUUGAAUUCGACAAGCUCAACAGACAAGCCGCCAAGAUUUCCGAGCGAGGCCGAACACCUAAGCUUUACAUUAAGGCUCUCGUCGAGUUAGAGGAUGCGAUGAACGAGACCAUCUCGAAGCAAAAGGUCACCCCAAAGAAGAUGAACGCUACAAGCGCUCGUGGCCUCAACGCCGUUAAGCAAAAGAUCAAGAAGUUGAAGCAAGACUACCAAUCACAAGUCGAUUCGUACAGAGAGGACCCCCUUGACUUCCUAGCCUCUGAUGAGGAGGAAGAAGCCCCCGCCCCGAAGCCUAAGAAGAUCAAGGCUGAGGAUUUUGUUGAUCAAGUCGAUGAUGACCAAGAAGGCUUCGCAACUGUCGGCAAGGGUGGAAGAACACUCCUAUUCACUCCUGAGAGCAUAUUCAAGCACUUGCGAGGAAUCCUAGAGUCUCGUGGAAAGAAGAACACGGAUCGUAUUGAGCAGAUUAAGAUCAUGGAGAAGCUUUACGAAGUUGCAGCUACUCCAUACCAACGAAUCAAGGUUCUUCUAACCAUCGUUUCUGCAAGAUUCGACCUUGGGUCCGGUGGUUCAGCAUCCAUGCCCCUAGAGCACUGGAAGGCAGCCGAAAAGGAGAUAUCGACACUAUUCGAAGUCCUCGAGUCGAACCGAGAGUAUAUCGUUAUCGAGAACGCCGAGGAAUGGGACGAUGACGAGAAGCCCCCCACUUUACAACCGGGUGAGAAGUACAUCAAGAUUCCGGGAAGCAUCGUGUCAUAUGUUGAGCGGCUUGACGACGAGCUCACACGAUCGCUACAAAGCAUCGACCCCCACACAUCGGAGUACAUCGAACGACUCACUGAUGAGGGUUCGCUAUACAAUGUCAUCUUCCGUGGUCUUCUCUACUACGAGAACCUUUCCAAGGACACAUCACUCCAGACUCCUCAAGACAGUCUGAACCGUAUCGUAAUGCGAAGAUUAGAGCAUGUCUACUUCAAGCCUGCGCAGGUUGUCAAGAUUCUCGAGGAGAACGCCUGGAAGCCGGUACCUUCAGACGUCGAAUCCGGCAUCACUCCCAGGGGAAGCAUCACAGACGCUACUAACCUCCUCAACGUCCUCUGCAACUAUCUGUUCGUCAACAGCGAGGGCAUCAUUAGAGCCCGAGCUAUGCUGUGCCAGAUCUAUUUCCUUGCUCUACACGACGAGUAUUACAAGGCUCGAGACAUGAUGCUUAUGUCGCAUUUGCAGGAAACAAUCGGCAGUUUCGACGUACAGACACAGAUCCUUUACAACCGAACCCUAGUCCAAGUUGGACUUUGUGCUUUCCGAAAGGGCUUGGUUUACGAGGCGCAGAACACAUUACAGGAGAUUUGCGGUAGUGGACGACAGAAGGAGCUGUUAGCUCAGGGUGUUAUGAUCCAGCGAUAUGCUCAGGUUUCUCCCGAGCAAGAGAGACUAGAGAAGCAAAGACAAUUACCAUUCCACAUGCACAUCAACCUAGAGCUUCUCGAAUGCGUCUACUUAACUUGCAGCAUGUUACUCGAGAUUCCCCUGCUCGCCCAAACCGGUUCAUCGCCAGACAUCAAGAAGCGAGUUAUCAGCAAGACGUACCGACGCAUGUUGGAGUACCACGAGAGACAAAUCUUCACUGGACCUCCGGAGAACACGCGUGACCACGUGAUGCAAGCAUCUCGCGCUCUAGCUGCUGGAGAGUGGAAGAAGGCAACCAACUUCAUUCACAGCAUCAAGAUCUGGGACCUGAUGCCAAACACAGACGAAAUUAAGGCUAUGCUUUCGAAGCAGGUUCAAGAGGAAGGCCUCCGAACCUACCUAUUCACCUACGCCCCCUUCUACGAUACCCUCGCCAUCUCUACACUUUCUUCCAUGUUCGAGCUUGAGGACCGCAAGGUCGCUGCUAUAGUCAGCAAGAUGAUCAGCCAUGAGGAGCUAUCAGCCGCCCUCGACCAAGUCACGUCAACUGUCAUCUUCCGAAAGGGUGUAGAGUUGUCUCGUCUCCAGAGCUUAGCUCUCACGUUAUCGGACAAGGCGGCGCAACUCAUCGAGACGAACGAACGUACUCUCGAACAACGUACGCAAGGUACAGCCAAUGCCUUCGACAGGAGAGGUGGACAAAACCAACGAGGUGGCCGAGGUGGCGGACGAGGGGGUGGCCGCGGUGGUGCAAGGACAGGAGGAACUGGCCCAAGACAAGCUGGUGGCACACAAUUCACUGGUGGUGUAUUGAGUGGCGCGGUCCGAAGUUAAAUUGACUGCCCUUCAAUACGAAGUGCUUCCUCCUUCCUUUUUCCAUUUGUAUCUACUGCAUACGGCUGGGUUUGACUUUUAACGAAAACACGUCGGCGGCAUGGGACUAGUAAUGUUGCCGACGACGGGGUUCAUGUGUACCGAUCACAUUAGCUAAAGGCUAGAGAAUUGACUUUUAUUUUUAUGA